CUUCUCUCGGUCUUUGGAUAUGAUUUAAAAAACGCCCACAGUGGGGUGAAGUUGGAGGAUCAGUCGGCGGCAGAUGAGCGCCAAGGAGUGGAUAGAUCUGAUCACACUAUGGACAGUGAUUGAUUGGACAGUGAUUGAUUGGGCAGUGAUUGAUUGAGGACAUAGCAUCAUGAACAUAGAAGACGGCUUGAUCGGAGUUUGCCAUAUAUUGAAAAAUUCACCGUCAGUGGAGAUCGGCGGGACAACAGACCAGCGGCUUGGAGGUUAAUGUGCAUGCAGCUUUGUACAACAGGAGUCAGAACGGCCUCUUAACAUUCUGGAAAACCAAACUCUAUCCCAUCGGCCCGGUAUCCACAGCCUCCAACAUCAGCCUCUGACGUCAGCUUCUAUCAGCCUCUAAACCAUCCCAUUGGUUGUGUAGCCACAGCCUCUAACGUCAGCCUCUAAACCAUCCCAUUGGUUGUGUAGCCACAGCCUCUAACGUCAGCCUCUAAACCAUCCCAUUGGUUGUGUAGCCACAGCCUCUAACGUCAGCCUCUAAACCAUCCCAUUGGUUGUGCAGCCACAGCCUCUAACGUCAGCCUCUAAACCAUCCUAUUGGUUGUGUAGCCACAGCCUCUAACAUCAUACUCUAAACCAUCAUAUUGGUUGUGUAGCCACAGCCUCUAACAUCAGCCUCUAAACCAUCCCAUUGGUUGUGUAGCCACAGCCUCUAACGUCAGCCUCUAAACCAUCCCAUUGGUUGUGUAGCCACAGCCUCUAACGUCAGCCUCUAAACCAUCCCAUUGGUUGUGUAGCCACAUCCUCUGACGUCAGCCUGUAAACCAUCCCAUUGGUUGUGUAGCCACAGCCUCUAACGUCAGCCUCUAAACCAUCCCAUUGGUUGUGUAGCCACAGCCUCUAACGUCAGCCUCUAAACCAUCCCAUUGGUUGUGUAGCCACAGCCUCUGACGUCAGCCUUUAAACCAUCCCAUUGGUUGUCUAGCCACAGCCUCUAUGGCCGAGGAGACGUCCUCCCCCUCCCCCUUCUCCUCCUCCCACGCGUUCCCCCCCGACGCCUCGGCCAACGAGUCCCUCCAGAGCGUCCCGUUCGAGGGCAGCAGCACGCUGCUCACGGCGCUUGUGUCGCUCACGGUGAUGGUGGUGGGGCUGGCGGGCAACACGCUGGCCAUCUACGUGGUGAUGCGCCACGCAAAGAUGAAGACGGUCACCAACAUCUACAUCCUGAACCUGGCGGUGGCCGACGAGCUGUACAUCGCAGGGCUGCCCUUCCUCACCACGCAGAACGUUCUCUCAUACUGGCCCUUCGGCUCCUUCCUGUGCCGCGUUGUCAUGACCGCCGACUCCAUGACCCAGUUCACCUCCAUCUUCUGCCUGACCGUGAUGUCGGUGGACCGCUACCUGGCGGUGGUCCACCCCAUCCGCAGCACUCGCUGGAGACACCCCCACGUGGCCAAGGGCGUGAGCGUGGCCGUGUGGGCGGUGUCCUUCGUUGUGGUGCUGCCGGUGGUCAUCUUCUCCGACGUCCAGGAAACCUUCAACUCGUGCAACAUGAUCUGGCCGGAGCCCAAGAACGUGUGGUCGACGGCCUUCAUCCUCUACACAGCCACACUGGGCUUCUUCGGGCCGCUCUUCAUCAUCUGCCUCUGCUACCUCCUCAUCGUCAUCAAGGUAAAGUCCUCAGGCAUGCGGGCGGGGUUCACCAAGCGGAGGCGGUCUGAGCGUAAGGUGACCCGCAUGGUGGUGGUCAUCGUUGUGGUGUUUGUGCUCUGCUGGCUGCCGUUCUUCAUCAUCAACAUUGUGAACCUGGUGGUCAUCAUCCCGGAGUCCAGCGCCACGGCCGGGAUCUACUUCUUCUCCGUCAUCCUGUCCUACGCUAACUCCUGCGCUAACCCGCUACUCUACGGCUUUCUGUCGGACAACUUCAGGCAGAGCUUCAAGAAGGUUCUCUGCGUGAGAAGUUUGCGGCGUAAGACCAACGGCGUGGAGGACGGGGACCCCAGCGCCCCUCGUACUGAGAAAACCACCACACAUAACGGGCCCUACCCGUCUCCCGGGGGCCCCCACUGCAGACAGGUGGCCCAGCUCUCCGGUCCCCCUGAGGAGGAGCUCUGCCCUACCUGGCCCUCGCUGGUCGGUUGCUUCACCUCCCCAACACCUGUUCGUCACCUCCCUGACGGCCUGGUCGUCACCAUGACGGCUAAGUUGAAGGAGAUGAUCUUCAGGACACUGAGGAGCGGAGGGGGGGGGAUCUUCAGGACACUGGGAGGGGAGGUGAUCUUCAGGACACUGGGAGGGGAGGGGAUCUUCAGGACACUGGGAGGGGAGGGGGGGGGAUCUUCAGGACACUGA